AUGGUAUUCCGCUCCCCCCUAGACCUCUAUUCCUCCCACUUCUUGUUGCCAAACUUCGCCGAUUCUCAUCACCGCUCCCUACUUCUGGCGAGUAGCGGCGCCGGGAACGGUGCGGGAGGCGGCGGCGGCGGGAACUGUGCGGGAGGCGGCGGUGCUGGCGGAGCAGGCGGCGGCGGCAGCGGCGGCGGCUCCAGGGCCCCCCCGGAAGAGUUGUCCAUGUUCCAGCUGCCCACCCUCAACUUCUCGCCGGAGCAGGUGGCCAGCGUCUGCGAGACGCUGGAGGAGACGGGCGACAUCGAGCGGCUGGGCCGCUUCCUCUGGUCGCUGCCCGUGGCCCCCGGGGCGUGCGAGGCCAUCAACAAGCACGAGUCGAUCCUGCGCGCGCGCGCUGUGGUCGCCUUCCACACGGGCAACUUCCGCGACCUCUACCACAUCCUGGAGAACCACAAGUUCACCAAGGAGUCUCACGGCAAGCUGCAGGCCAUGUGGCUCGAGGCGCACUACCAGGAGGCCGAGAAGCUGCGCGGCCGCCCGCUCGGCCCGGUGGACAAGUACCGCGUGCGCAAGAAGUUCCCGCUGCCGCGCACCAUCUGGGACGGCGAGCAGAAGACGCAUUGCUUCAAGGAGCGGACUCGGAGCCUGCUGAGGGAGUGGUACCUGCAGGACCCCUACCCCAACCCCAGCAAGAAACGCGAACUGGCGCAGGCCACCGGCCUCACUCCCACACAAGUAGGAAACUGGUUUAAGAACCGGAGGCAGCGUGACCGCGCCGCGGCGGCCAAGAACAGGCUCCAGCACCAGGCCAUAGGACCGAGCGGCAUGCGCUCUCUGGCCGAGCCCGGAUGCCCCACGCACGGCUCGGCAGAGUCGCCGUCAACGGCGGCCAGUCCCACCACCAGCGUGUCCAGCCUGACGGAGCGCGCGGACACCGGCACCUCCAUCCUCUCGGUAACCUCCAGCGACUCGGAAUGUGAUGUAUGA